GUGUUACCGAGCUAUUUUCUGGCUGACUGAUACUAGCUGAAACCUUAGAACGAGGAGAAUCUUUGCAUUGUGGUCCGGAAUAGCUUCCUGUUGGGCCUUGUGCUGGAUGCCUUCGUGCACCCCGAGGUCUAAUGCCCGAACGAACGAGAAGCAUAACUCCGCCUUGACCUCCUUCUCGAGUCGUUUAACUAACGUCUCCUGUCCGACAAUCCUUCUAUGCUGUCCCUCCCAACCCUUCAUCUCGUCUCGACAAUAUCAACUUCGCCUCACACCGGAUAGUCACCGGAAAAUCCAAUCACGACUUCGGAGAGACGACUCUGCUUCUUGUUGGGCUGCUCCGAGUUACACAGAAAAACGUCUCGGUGUACGGACGACGGAGCAAGUCCACAAUUACGUCUAUUGCCAUAUUGAGAUAGAGUAUCCGUUGGCAGCUCGGCCCGCACUGCAUUAGGGCCCGGAUUCAGGAGACGAAUGUUUGACAACUUGAGGCCUUCCGCACAUGCGUCCUAUAGGCUACGGACUCUCACCGACCGGCCUACAGAAUAGAGACGUUGCAUUAGUGCCCGAAGUCCAGGCUGCUCAUAAGGGGCGAACAGAAAAAAAGGUUCACUAUCGCGGGGCAUUGGAAAUAAGACUAGACUAUCUGAACUCCCUAACACUAGUUGUAUGCAGGAGCAAGACUCCACAGUAGAGGGAC